CAACACCUACUUCCCUCCCACAGUUUCUGGCUCGCGUCAUGGCUGCCGCCACCGCGCUGGAGGAGGUGGCGGCGCCCGUGGGCGCCCUGUGUGGCCUCGUGCAAGACUUCGUCAUGGGCCAGCAGGAGGGGCCCGCUGACCAGGUGGCUGCAGAUGUGAAAUCCGGUGGCUAUACAGUGUUACAAGUGGUAGAAGCCCUUGGGUCAUCUCUGGAGAAUCCAGAACCCCGAACUCGGGCACGAGGAAUCCAGCUUUUGUCACAGGUGCUACUCCAGUGUCACUCCUUGCUCCUGGAGAAGGAAGUGGUACAUCUGAUCCUGUUCUAUGAGAACCGGCUGAAGGACCAUCAUCUUGUGAUCCCAUCUGUCCUCCAGGGCCUGAGGGCACUGAGCAUGUCUGUGGCCCUGCCCCCUGGGCUGGCUGUCUCUGUACUUAAAGCCAUCUUCCAGGAGAUACAUGUACAGUCCCUGCUGCAAGUGGAUCGCCAUACAGUAUUCAGUAUCAUCACUAACUUCAUGCGAUCACGGGAAGAAGAGCUGAAGGGCCUAGGAGCUGACUUCACAUUUGGCUUCAUCCAGGUGAUGGAUGGAGAAAAGGAUCCUCGUAAUCUUUUGGUGGCUUUCCGCAUCGUCCAUGACCUCAUCUCCAAGGACUACAGUCUGGGACCUUUUGUGGAAGAGUUAUUUGAAGUGACAUCUUGUUAUUUCCCUAUUGAUUUUACCCCUCCACCUAAUGAUCCCUAUGGCAUCCAGAGAGAUGAUCUCAUCCUGAGUCUCCGUGCUGUGCUGACUUCCACACCACGUUUUGCUGAGUUCUUGCUGCCUCUGCUGAUUGAGAAAAUGGAUUCUGAGAUUUUAAGUGCCAAACUGGAUUCUCUGCAAACUCUGAAUGCUUGCUGUGCUGUGUAUGGACAAAAGGAACUGAAGGACUUCCUCCCAAGUCUUUGGGCUUCUAUCCGCAGAGAGGUGUUCCAGACGGCAAGUGAGCGCGUAGAGGCCGAGGGCCUGGCAGCCCUCCACUCCCUGACUGCGUGUUUGUCUUGCUCUGUGCUGAGGGCUGAUGCUGAGGACCUCCUUGACUCCUUCCUCAGCACCAUUCUACAGGACUGCAGGCAUCAUCUAUGUGAACCAGAUAUGAAACUGGUGUGGCCUAGUGCCAAGUUGUUGCAGGCUGCUGCAGGUGCGUCUGCCCGAGCCUGUGAGCACAUCACCCGCAACGUGCUUCCCUUGCUGUUGGAACAGUUCCACAAGCACAGUCAGAGCAACCAGCGACGGACAAUCCUUGAAAUGCUCCUGGGUUUCUUAAAGCUACAGCAGAAAUGGAACUAUGAAGAGAAAGAUGAAAGGCCUCUGACUAGCUUCAAGGACCAGCUGUGCUCAUUGGUAUUCAUGGCUCUAAUAGACCCCAGCACCCAGCUUCAGCUUGUUGGCAUCCGGACACUCACAGUUUUAGGUUCUCAGCCAGAUCUUCUAUCUUCUGGGGACUUGGAGCUGGCAGUAGGUCACCUGUACCGACUGAUCUUCCUGGAGGAAGAUUCCCAGAGUUGUCGGGUGGCAGCACUGGAGGCAUCUGGAACCCUGACCACACUCUAUCCUGGAACCUUCAGCAGCCACCUGCUACCCAAGCUUGCUAAGGAGCUACAUAAAGGUGAGUCAGAUGUGGCUAGAGAAGAUGGUCUUAUGAAAAGUUCCCGGCAUUUCUACUGUCUGCAAGCUUUGUCAGCCAUUUCAACACAUCCCAGCAUUGUCAAGGAGACACUGCCUCUGCUGCUGCAGCAUCUCUGUCAAGCAAACAAAGGGAAUAUGGUUACAGAACCCAGUGAAAUUACUGCUAUCUGUCAAAGUCUCCAGCAAGUGGCAGAAAAAUGCCAGCAGGACCCUGAGAGCUACUGGUAUUUCCACAAGACAGCUGUACCCUGCCUGUUUGGUUUGGCUGUCCAGGCUUCCAUGCCAGAGAAGGAAUCCUCAGUUCUGAGAAGAGUACUGUUGGAAGAUGAGGUCUUGGCUGCCUUGGCAUCUGUCAUUGGAACUGCUACUACCCACCUGAGCCCUGAACUAGCUGCCCAGAGUGUCCUGUGCAUUGUGCCCCUCUUCUUAGAUGGCAACACCUCCUUUCUACCUGAGAACAGCUUCCCAAGCCGAUUCCAGCCAUUCCAGAAUGGCUCCUCUGCGCAGAGGCGACUGGUUGCACUGCUUACAGCUUUUGUCUGCUCCCUGCCACGAAAUGUGGAAAUCCCUCAGCUGAGCCGACUCAUGCGGGAACUUCUGGAGCAGAGCUGCUGCCACAGCUGCCACUUCUCUUCCACUGCCGCCGCCAAGUGCUUCGCAGGACUCCUCAACAAGCACCCUCCAGGGCAGCAGUUGGAUGAAUUCCUCCAGCUUGCUGUGGACGCAGUGGAGGCUGGCCUGGCCUCUGGAUCUUCUCGUAAUCAGGCUUUCGUUCUGCUGCUCUGGGUAACCAAGGCUUUAGUCCUCAGAUACCAUCCUCUCAGCACCUGCCUUACCACCCGACUCAUGGGCCUCCUCAGUGAUCCAGAACUAGGUCCUGCAGCAGCCGAUGGCUUCUCUCUACUCAUGUCUGACUGCACUGAUGUGUUGACUCGUGCCGGCCAUGCUGAUGUUCGGAUUAUGUUCCGCCAGCGGUUCUUCACAGACAAUGUGCCUGCUUUGGUCCAAGGCUUCCAUGCUGCUCCCCAAGAUGUGAAGCCAAACUAUCUAAAGGGUCUGUCUCAUGUACUCAACAGGCUGCCCAAGCCUGUGCUUUUACCAGAGCUGCCCACACUCCUUUCCUUGCUGCUGGAGGCACUGUCCUGCCCUGAUUCGGUGGUCCAGCUUUCUACUCUCAGCUGUCUCCAGCCUCUUCUACUGGAAGCACCCCAAAUCAUGAGUCUUCAUGUUGAUACUCUGGUCACCAAAUUCCUGACCCUCAGCUCUAGUCCUUCAAUGGCUGUCCGGAUUGCUGCUCUGCAGUGUAUGCAUGCCCUCACUAGCCUGCCCACUCCUGUGCUACUGCCAUACAAAUCCCAGGUGAUCCGGGCCUUAGCCAAGCCUCUGGAUGACAAGAAGAGACUUGUGCGCAAGGAAGCAGUGUCUGCGAGGGGAGAAUGGUUUCUGCUGGGGAGCCCAGGUAGCUGAACCCUUGGUCCUGGCCUAGCCCCUUCUGACAAUCUAACCUGCAGCAGGGACUAACUAUUGAGCCAUCCUCCAAGGCAAGGAGACCACUGACCUGUCUUCCCCAUGGAUACAGUACAGAUGCUGGAUCCCUCCUGCAUGGCUGUGCAAGACAAGACACUUGAGUUCUAAUUUCUAGUGGAUUGUUGAAGAAACUGAAUGGGCCUUGUAUUUGGGGGAAAAGAUGUUGGAUCUUGGGGCUCCCCUGUAUCAGGAAAAGGCAGCUUUUCUUGUUGAAGGACAAAUGCAGUUGAGUGUGACCUUGGGGGCCAGGGAUGGUGUUGUGUGUUCAUUUGCCAGAGAAUAAAAAGAUUUUUUUUUUUUU